AUCAACAAGCCUGAGAAGCUGGACAAGCCAGAGAGCUGUGAUAAUGUCAAGGUGGUUGUUCGAUGCCGGCCUCUUAAUGAACGAGAGAAAGCCACGGGCUACAAAAUGGCAGUCAACGUAGAUGAAAUGAGAGGAACUAUAACAGUUCAUAAGACAGACUCAUCCAAUGAGCCUCCCAAGACAUUUACGUUUGACACAGUGUUUGGACCAGAGAGUAAACAGCUGGAUGUCUAUAAUUUAACUGCAAGACCUAUUAUUGACUCUGUCCUAGAAGGAUACAAUGGUACUAUUUUUGCAUAUGGGCAAACUGGAACAGGCAAAACUUUCACCAUGGAAGGGGUCCGAGCAGUUCCUGAGCUUAGAGGCAUCAUUCCCAAUUCCUUUGCCCAUAUAUUUGGUCACAUUGCCAAGGCAGAGGGGGACACAAGGUUUUUGGUUCGUGUGUCUUACCUUGAAAUUUAUAAUGAAGAAGUGCGGGACCUGCUAGGCAAAGACCAGACACAGAGAUUAGAGGUUAAAGAGAGACCUGAUGUGGGAGUUUAUAUCAAAGACCUUUCAGCUUAUGUCGUAAACAAUGCAGAUGAUAUGGACAGAAUCAUGACUCUGGGCCACAAGAACCGUUCCGUUGGUGCCACAAACAUGAACGAGCACAGCUCUCGUUCACACGCCAUCUUCACCAUCACCAUCGAGUGCAGCGAGAAGGGGGUCGAUGGCAACAUGCACGUGCGCAUGGGCAAGCUGCAUCUUGUUGAUCUUGCUGGUUCUGAAAGACAGGCAAAAACCGGAGCCACGGGGCAGCGACUGAAGGAAGCUACAAAGAUCAACCUCUCUCUCUCCACGCUGGGGAACGUUAUCUCUGCGCUGGUGGAUGGCAAGAGCACCCACGUUCCCUACCGUAACUCCAAACUCACCCGGCUCCUUCAGGAUUCUCUGGGGGGCAACUCCAAAACCAUGAUGUGUGCGAACAUCGGACCAGCGGACUACAACUACGAUGAGACUAUCAGCACUCUCAGGUAUGCGAACCGAGCCAAGAACAUCAAGAACAAGGCCAGGAUUAAUGAAGAUCCCAAGGAUGCUUUGCUCCGCCAGUUUCAAAAAGAAAUCGAAGAGCUUAAGAAAAAACUGGAAGAAGGGGAAGAGAUAUCUGGUUCUGAGACCAGUGAAUCUGAAGAGGAAGAUGAAGAUGACGAUGGGGAGAUUGGAGAGGAUGGAGAGAAACGGAAGAAACGGCGGGGCAGUAGCAGCAGCAGUAGUUCAGACUCCACAUGCUCUGUCAUAGAGAAACCUCUGGAUAAGUCCUUCACUAAUCAAGCAGGCAAAAAGAAAGUUUCCCCUGACAAGAUGGUAGAGAUGCAAGCUAAGAUUGAAGAGGAGAGAAAAGCUCUUGAAACUAAGCUUGAUAUGGAAGAAGAAGAAAGAAACAAAGCCAGAGCUGAACUGGAGAAGAGAGAAAAAGACUUGCUUAAAGCUCAACAAGAGCACCAGUCCUUGUUGGAGAAACUGUCUGCACUGGAGAAGAAGGUGAUCGUGGGAGGAGUGGACUUGCUGGCAAAAGCAGAGGAGCAAGAGAAGCUUCUAGAGGAAUCCAAUAUGGAACUGGAAGAACGAAGGAAGAGAGCAGAACAACUUCGCAAGGAGCUCGAGGAGAAGGAGCAAGAACGCUUGGACAUUGAGGAGAAGUACACCAGCCUCCAGGAAGAAGCACAGGGGAAAACCAAGAAGCUGAAGAAAGUUUGGACCAUGCUUAUGGCUGCAAAAUCAGAGAUGGCAGAUCUGCAGCAGGAGCAUCAGAGAGAGAUCGAAGGAUUGCUAGAGAAUAUUCGACAGCUGAGCAGGGAGCUUCGUCUUCAGAUGCUUAUCAUAGACAACUUCAUUCCUCAGGACUACCAGGAAAUGAUUGAAAACUACGUUCACUGGAACGAAGACAUUGGGGAGUGGCAGCUGAAAUGUGUUGCAUAUACAGGAAACAACAUGAGGAAACAGACACCUGUCCUGGAUAAAAAAGAAAAAGAUCCCUUUGAAGUGGACCUUUCCCAUGUUUACUUAGCUUACACUGAAGAAAGCUUGAGGCAAUCCCUGAUGAAGCUGGAGAGGCCAAGGACUUCAAAAGGAAGAACCAGGCCCAAGACGGGUAGAAGAAAACGUUCGGCAAAGCCAGGAGCCGUCAUUGACUCUCUGCUGCAGUAGGUGUGACCUGUUCAGAAUUGCCGUAAAAAUCAGAUCAUGACCUAGAAGAACAUACUGGCCUCUGUUUUGGGGGGAAGGGAGUGACACCUAAGUUCAUGCAAGACACAAACGCUGGCAUUUAUUUUCUCUAGCCUAGUGCUUGAGGUAAAUACUCAGAAUUUUGGUUGAUCUAAGCUGUAGUAGGUUUUGCUUUUGAAGAGGCGACCUUACCUUGAAUGUGCUUGGAUAGAGUUGGGCUAUCUGGUGUUAGAUGCUUCUCCUCAAACAAGACAGACUGAAAAUGGCUUAAAUGCUGUUUUGUCUUAAGCCUUAUGUCCAUCCUGAGCCCACGCAAGAUAGCUGCACAGUUCUGGCCUGUUGUAGUUCUCAGAACCAGGGAUAACGGUUUUAUUUCCCUUCUGUGUUAUGUCUUGUGCUAAGAUUAGUUGAACGAUCUGUUUUUAAGGGAGCUUCUCCUGAACUGUGCUUUCAAACAGACCAUUGGAAAGUCUUUUACCUGACAGACAUCGGUGGCCUAGCGAUACCACUGUGAACCGUGACACUGCAUUUAAAAUAUUGCAAACCUAACUACAAAGGCAUAUGCUUUACCACUUUAAAGUUACACUUCUGCUGCUGAAAACAAUAUUACUCUACAUAUUUAAGCGGGCCUUGGGGCAGAGAAAACAGUAAGGAAUUGCUUGCACACGUUUGGCAGAUUGGAGAAGCCAGAUGUAAUCUGUUACAGGGGCUUGGAGAACAAAUUAUCUGCUCUUACAAGAGGACUUUAAAGUGGAACACUGUCACGGUCAUGAGGAUCUAUCAGCUUGGCUUACCGUGUAACUGGUGUGUAGUGGUGAAGUUCUGGGAACUUCUGUUUAAAACCAGAGGGGCUGCCUUGCAGGUUUACCAUAUGGGCCUUCUCUAGCCCUGGAUGAUCUGUGAAUGUCUAAUGUUUUUGUGAGGAAGGGGCUUGGUUUGUUUGGGGGUUUUUAAGAGCUUAAUACAGCCAUUCUCAUCCCAGGUCAGUAUGUGCUCUAUAGUAUUUAUCAAAAAUCAUAUAACAAUAUAUUGUGUAUGCUCAUCUUGCUACCAGAAGAGUCCCCUCAUUCCAGAACAUCAACCUUAACAUUACGGUUUUUGAUGCUUUAUGUUGUUUAAUGUUGUGUAAAUGUAUUAUUUCGUAUUUAAUUUGUUCCUGAUCCUUUCUUUAAGAGGAGGGGAAAAUGGUCCGUAGUGCCUUUCACUGACUCCACCCUCUGCACGUGUCCAGCUUUCACCUUUCUCAACAGUUCUGCUUAGCCAGUCCUGUAUAUAGGAAAAACUGCUAGUCUUUUAUAAUUUGUCUUCCUAUUUAUUGUUUUUUCUAACUGUUUAUUUCUGAUUAUUCUUUGUUUUAUGACUAAGCUUUAUUCUUUACACUGUAUAUAUCAGUAUUACGUCCCCGGAGCAUGUUCAUACCAUGAAAUAAAACUCCUGAUUCCUAGUUCCA